CGUCACUAUAGUAGUAACAAUAUCAGUGGUAAUAGGAAUUCACGAAAAGGAAAUGUAAGUAAUGAAAACACAAAGUCAUGAGGAUUUAGGAAAGACAAAGAAUGGAUGCACCUGAGCCAUUGCAAGCGAUUUCGAGCCAUAUCGUUCAAAGUCUAAUCAUUGGUUACGACAAUCUCGUGAACCCCAACCAAAUAGUCUGUACCUAUUAACGUAGCUCAAUCCAGUUGUCAGUGACUUCACAGACUGAUGCAGUGUUUUGGCUUGACCGCCUCUAACCUUCUUCCAGCCAACCUUGCACCAGGAAACUUCACCCGUCGAAAUAGGCGGUGGCUAGGUAUACGUAACACAUAUCCCAACCACAUAAGCUGAUGAAAAUUGACUACUUCACCGAUGGAUUUACCGCAUUUAUCUAGUACUCUUUCUAACCCAACCGCUUCAUAGCUAAGUGAAGCGGCAGAUGCGUUCAACUACACUUCCAAUCCUGAAGUAACAUUCCACAUUUGUAGAGAAUACUGUAUCCGAUAGUUGGAACAGAUAGUCACUUCUAUCCAUUUCUUGGGUCCUCACUGAUGAACUCGUCCAAUUGUCGCUUAACUUGGUUUUCGUUUUCUACUUGGACGUGAAAACCCCAUUCAGUGAGACUAUAAUUUGUGGACGACCCUUGAACGACACCAAAGUGAUCUUGAGAACGUUCACCUACUUACUAGGGCUGAGUGAGGGUUAUAAACCAAUGUGGGGUAGUAAGAGUAUGAUUUACAGUUGAUGGUUAGGGUUAAGAAUUAGACUUAGGGUUUUCAUCCAGAACUGACAUCAGCUUAAAUGCCAAAAUGCUAUCGAGCUAAAUGGAUUUCGCACUGAAACCCAAGACCUGUUAUUGUAAAUCUCAUUUGUCCGUCCAUAAGUUAUAGUCUUGGCAUCCAUUCUAUGAUUGAUCUGUCAGAGAGCUUAACUGUUUUAAGCUUAUUGGACCUUCUAUAAAACUCGUUUUUUUUUCAACGUCGGAGCUGUCGUCAGUGUGUUCGCAAAACGAAUCUAUGUAGAAUUUCGACUAUUAUAAACCUGUCUGAUAAAAUAUUUGUGUUGCAUGAUAUUUAAGGUAUGUACGAUACGUUAGUAUACUUCAAACCUUAUAUUUCUUGUACCUACUUAAGUGUAAUAUGUGGUUUCCUUCAUCUUGUUUGGUAACUUUCGAAUGUCCAUUAUUGAUUUUCAUAAGGCGUGUUGUUACAGCUCUAAAGUACUAUGAAGUUUAUAGCGCCUUUCGCUAUUUGGACUCAGGUAAAGAUUUAAAAAUGCAGGCUUUAUUUCUAGUCAUUCGACUAUCGGGAGGCGUUUUGCUCUCCUAACUAGUAAAAAAACGUUUUUUGUCUGUCCAGUUUUGUACGUCUGAUCCCAUAAUACCUACAUUUUAUGCUUUGAUUUCAACUUUUUUUCCUAAAUAGGCAUCAGAUAGUGCCUAUACGAGUGAGUAUUUCUGCCAAGCACUACGCAUGUCUGAAAGCACUGAAGAGAUUGAUGUUGUCAUCCAUCAGCUAAAUAGUUUCAUGGAUAAACUUCGGGGUCAUGACACUGGUGGUGAUGAUGGUAAACAGAUUUAUUUUAGUUUCUCUACAUAUUUGUUUCACGUUGUCUAGAUUUUAAAUAAAUAAAUGAACUACAUCAAUCAAGACUUAGAAGCAAGAAAAAUUGGUUCAGCGAUUGUACAGCUUCAAAAUGGAUUUGCCAAGAAGAGGAAUUUCCGUUGAACCAACCUUUCUUGUUUUUAAAUGAAUGCACUACAGUUUUGGUAAAUUACUAAAAACAUGCUCUACUCAAAUUAAAUGAUUAUAUUGUCCAAUACGGAAUAUGGAUGAGAUUUACAAUCGAGAAAUAAAUAUGCUCUUAUUAAAGCGCAACUUGGAAGUCUCGAUUAUGUCAGAAAAAUAUGUUUAAUUCGUCGAAGACAAAUUCAAGAAGGUGUAGCUGAAAAACCCGGACGUGUAUUAGCUUAUCAUUUACAACCGGAUGCACGAAUUUAUGAUAUGUCAUUUCAAGAAUUAAUGACUAAAAGUGUUGCAGUUGUUAGUUUUUUAGAUUUUCUGGCUUCCAUUAAUAAACAUUCAUUACUUCGAUUGUAUUUAAAUUGUGUGAGUUUCCGUGAAGGCGUCAGUAAAUUAAUACCUAACGCAACUCUUAAUCAAAAUAUUGAUCCUUCAGUUUUGGCUCUUGCUGAAGCUUCUCGAAUGGAGACUAUUUCUUCUGAUAUGGCAGCUAGUAUUAUAACUGACGAUUUAUGCUUAAAUCCUACAAAUCCAGUUGACAUUAUUAAUACCGAUGAAGAAUCUCUAUCAGUCUCAGAUUCUCCUAAUUUUGAAGGCACACAAACUGAAGUUGCAUCUAGUUUGUGUGACAAUGAGAAAGAUCUAAUUGAAAAAGCAGAUUCAAUAACAACAUCUAUAGAUGAAGGUGAACAGCGAAUCACAAUGGUCAUAAAUGAAGAUAUUAAGAAAAAUAUACUAGAAAAAAGUGGAGAAGAUGAGAUUGUUGAUGAUUCUAUUGAACAGUUGCGUGCAUUUGGCAUAACAAUAUGCAGUAAUUUAUUGCACUUUAUGCCUUUAUCAGCUGAACCACUAAUCCAACGUACACUAAAGGCACUUACUGGUGAACCGAAUUCAUUAAAUCCCAAUGCAUUCACUGAAAUUGAGGCACAUAUUGUUAACAUUCUCUCAGGUCCCGAUUGUUUUGGUGCAUUUAAACGUAGUAGUCAGUAUAUUCAUCUUUUGGCUGAGUUAGAUUUACUCAAGGAACCAUUAGAACAAUCUUCAUCGUCUAAUUUUAUAUCCGUCUCUUCUAUUUCAAAUGAUAUACUACCUCAAAGUCAAUCUCAAUCAUUAUCUCAACCUGACAAAAUGACUGUUCCAAGCGAUUCUGUCAUUCCUAAUGUUUCUUUCUUAUCUCAAAUGUCAUGUUCUGCGAAUUCUGUUGAGGAUUGUACAGAUUGGAAAUGUAUGGAAAAUGACUCUUCUAAAGAAACCAAACAAUCAGGGCUGCCAAGAUUAUCGGAAUCUCCUAUUGUUUCAACAACAAAUAAUACUGGACGUGGAGUUUUUGAUGAUGCUUACACAGCUGUCAUAAGUCGGGCAGAAAUAAUGCAUGAUUCUUAUGUAAUUUAUACUAUAAAAGUUACACGUACUGUACUAUCUAAUGGUCAGUCAGAAUGUUGGAAUACUUUACGUCGUUUCAGACAUUUUGUUGAACUACACUCGUUUCUUACAAAUAGAUGUGGUCGUAUCACUGAACUCAAAUUGCCAUCGAAAAUUGCAUUUAAUAACAUGAGCCCUGAAUUUUUAGCACAACGUCGACGUGGACUAAAUGUUUAUUUGAAUACAUUAUGUAGCAGCGAAUUUCAGAAUAAUCAUCCAGGUAGUCGUCCUUUGUGCGUUGAAUUUCUACAGCCUGACAGCUGGGAAAGAGGUCAUGUUGAAGCACGUAUUGUUUCUGCAAUUUUAACACCUUUUCGUACAGUUAGUAAUGCUGUGAUGUCUGUUCCAGAUACAUUAGCUGAUGGUUUAAAUAAGAUUUUUGCUAAUAAAAAUUUUCCAACAUCUAAUUCACCUAUUCUUUCUCGUAAUGAUGAAAUGAUAAAAAAAUCCAGUGAGUUUGAAUUACAAGAAUCAUUGGAUAUGUCAUUAGAAUCAUCAAAGAAUUCUGAUUCAUAUGAUUAUAAUGUUCGAGAUGAAACACCAAUUCGAAUUUUAUUCUUAUUAGUCGAUGAAAUAUUUGAUUUACAUAGAGAAAGUCAAUUUACUAGACAAGGAAAUUUCGCUAUUUUACGCAAAAUAUUCCAAACAUUUUUUGGUAUUCGAGUCAAUAAAAUGAUCAUUGCUAAAGCUUGUGAAUGGACAAGUGCACCGAAAAUCACUCAACUGAUUAUUUAUUUACGUGAUUAUUUUUGGCCUCCCAAAAAUAAGUCAUCAAAUACUACAGCGUUAACAGAACGUGACAAAGAGAUGAAAUUACGUACUCGUGUUCUUUGUAGAACUGUACUACUUGGAAGUGUUUCUGAGGAAUUUGCACAAUUUCUUGGUAAUGAAACUACUCGUCGUGGUGUAUCUUGUAUAUUUAAUAUGCUUCAAGAAGAACGUUUUAAUCGUAGAUUUGUACAUACAGUAUUAGAAGCAUUUCUUUGUCAAUUAUUUCAACCAUAUCAUUCACAUUGGGAAGCUAUUUAUGAAAAAGAUUUAUGCCCAUUAAAAUGUGGACGAAUAUGUCGUUCACAUAAAUUAUGUGUUUAAUUAAAAUGUAUAUUAUUAUUAACAAGAAGAAUAGUUGCUUAGAAAAAAUUGUUUUUCUUAAAGAUACUUACUUCUUGUUUACGUCAAGAAAUAUAGAAUUUAUCCAGUGUAAAUGUGUUUAGUAAUACAGGAGGAACAUUUAAAAUCUGUUCAAAGUUUUGUUUUUAUUUAGUGUAUAGAUUAAUUCUUCAGAUACAGUCUCGUUAUCUGUUUUCUUUUUCUGCUUGUUCUCUUCACCGUCAUUCUCUUAUUUGUUUCUGUCUAUUGUGUAUUAUAAUAUAUUACUUACUAAUAUUCUUAUAUUACCUAUUAUGAAAAGAACUUACUUUGACUAUAUUAUGACAUGUAUAAACCGUAUAGAUAACUUAUGAACUAAACAAUAUGAUCAUGUGAUCAUGAAUAACUUUGGGGUCUGUUUGCAACCUAAUCGUUUGAUCUGAUUCCUUGGGUAAAAAUUUAAUAGUAUUGUUAUGUAUAAUUAAACUUAUCAUUUAUUUAACAAAUAAUAGUCUAUAUUAGUUGUGAUCAAAAUGAUUUCAUCUAUUCUGUUAUAACUUAUUUUAUUAUUUACUCUCUAAAUCCUUAUAUGAUCGAUCAUUGUAUAGAAUGACCCAUAAGUUCUUUCAUAUCAUUUAUUAUUAUGUAUACGUUGUAAUUCAACUUAGCAUAAUUAACAUCAUUAUUAAUCGUUCAAUUCAUUCUCUUCACAAUAUAUCUUAUUUCAAUUGUCUGUUUAAGUUUCUGAAAAGUAUGGUUUGUAAUUUUAUGACAAUUUAUUAUUCAUUAUUUGUGAUCUGCAAUAAUUUGUACAGUGUGUUGAAUAUUUCCCGUUUUUUUUUUUUUUUUUGGUUUCAAUUAUCUAUCUGAUUUUUGUUGACUUUAUGUAUAUGACUGGUGGGGAGGGGGCAAAGGAAAGAUGUUACGUCAUCUGUUGUUAUUUAUCUGAAUUAAUAUGUAAUAUUAGUUAGUAUUUCAUAGUUAUUGUACCAUAAGGACGACUGUGUUCUUUUUCUUCUAUUCUUCACUAUUAUUAUUAUUAUUAUUUAGUUAUCUGAUUGAUUUAUUCUUGAAAUAACUUUCAGUCAAUUGAAUUACUAUUGACUACAUGUGCAAUAAAAAUGUAUUUUCAAAGAUCAGCUAAACAUAUCAAAACUUUUCAUUGAGUAAUCAGAAGUUCAGGAUGGAAUUAUUUUGUUCCGUUGAAUAGUGGGUAACUUUUGCUAAAUUUAAAAUAUUGAUACUUUAAUUAUACAUGAUCUAUUGAAAUGUGAAAGUUAAUCUAUACGACGAUUUAACUACAGAAAAUAUAAACUGUAUAAACUACUGCUGUGGAUUGAUG